AUGGGCAUGGCGAACUCGUCGGCGUUGAAGUUCACGGUGCGCAGGCAGCCACCGGUGCUGGUGGUGCCAUCGGGACCGACGCCGCGGGAGCUGAAGCCGCUCUCGGACAUCGAUGAUCAGGAAGGGCUGCGCUUCUACAUCCCCGCCAUCCAUUUCUUCCGGCAGCACGAAGGUCGGGGUGAAGACCCCGUGCCGGUGCUCCGGGACGCCGUCGCCGCCGCGCUUGUGCAUUACUACCCUCUCGCCGGGCGGCUGAGGGAGCUCGAGGGCCGCAAACUCGCCGUCGACUGCACCGGCGAGGGCGUGCUGUUCGUUGAGGCCGACGCCGACGUUCGCCUCGACCAGUUCGGCGCCGCCCUGCAGCCGCCGUUCCCGUGCCUCGACGAGCUCCUCUUCGACGUUCCUGGCUCCUCGGACCUCCUCGACGCGCCACUCCUCCACUUCCAGGUGACACGGCUAGCGUGCAGAGGCUUCAUCAUGGCGGUGAAGAUACAGCACGCAGUGGCGGACGGGCCGGGGCUAGUGCAGUUCCUGGCGGCCGUGGCAGAGCUGGCGCGGGGAGCGGUGGCACCAACGGUGCGGCCGGUGUGGGGGCGCGAGCUGCUCAUGGCGCCGCCCGACGACGACCUGGCGCGGGCGCCUAGAGCAUUCGCGCACCGCGAGUAUGACGACGUGCCGGACACCAAAGGCACGAUCGUGCCCCUCGAUUCCAUGACGCACAGUUCCUUCUUCUUCGGUCCCAGGGAGGUCGCCGCCGCCCGUUCCCACCUCCCGCCGGCACUCCGUCGCGGCGCCACCACGUUUGAGGUCCUCACAGGGUGCCUGUGGCGGUGCCGCACGGUGGCGCUGGCCCCCGCCGCCGACGAGGAGAUGCGUAUGAUCUGCCUCAUCAGCGUCCGCGGCGGCCGGAAGCCGCAGCAGAGCGGCCCCGUCAUCCCCGUCGGCUACUACGGCAACGCCUUCGCGUUCCCGGUCGCCGUCUCCACCGCCGGCGACCUCUGCGCCAACCCAGUGAGCUACGCCGUAGAACUGGUAAUGAAGGCCAAGAGAGAGGUGGACGUGGAGUACGUGCGCUCGGUGGCGCGACUCAUGGUGCGGCGAGGGCGGCCGCACUUCACAGUGGUGCGCGCGUACCUCAUGUCGGACCUGACCAGGUCCGGCAUCCGUGACCUAGACUACGGCUGGGGCAAACCUGUGUACGCUGGCCCCGCGAAGGGCGGCGUCGGCGCCAUCCCCGGAGUCGCUAGCUUCCUCAUCGCCGUCAAGAACGCCAUGGGCGAGGAGGGCAUCGCCGUGCCCGUGUGCCUGCCCGGCCACGCCAUGGACAAGUUCACGGAGGAGAUGAGCAAGCUGAUGCGCCCGGCCUUCCGCACAUCGCGGCCAUCAUCGCCCGACGUGUUUCCCAAGAUCAAAUCUGCGAUCUGAACUUAAAU